AUGCUCUGCCAAGGCCACUCGCCGGUGGUGGUCUUCAUGGCCGCGUCUCUUCUUAUCAUCUUUUGGAGUUUUAGGCUUUUUGACGUCCCUCAUGCAGUCUUGCGUCUAUUCUACGAGGGCGCAAGCCCACAGCAACUGGAAGAGAGCGAGUUCAUCCGACGCGCGAUGAACGUCGAGUUUCCGACUCCAAUUGACUACAGACCUAUUCGGGAAGCAUGUGCUCGAACACAGUUCCAGCCUGGUCUGCUAUUUAGCUGCCAAGGCCAGCAUGGCGGUAUUGGAAUGGUCCGGAACCAGAUCUUAAAAUGCGUACGAUAUGCGAUACAUGGCGGUGGCGCGAUUGUCGUACCUUCGAUGGCCCUACGAAACGCAAGCGACAUAACCGACAUUGAAACGUCCACCGAGGUUCCGCUCGACUACCUACUGGACCGCGAUACCUUCACGAAGCACUUGUCAGAAGGGUGUCCCGGCAUGCGCAUCUAUGAGCGCGCAGAGGACUUUCCGUUCUACGAACAGCGGGAAUGGGAGCCACUAAGUCUGGUCGGGGACCAAUUCGAACCAGACCACCCGCCGGAGGGAUUGAAGUACCCGCGCGAAUGGCGUCACUUUUUCGACGACUGGCUUGGCCAGCAAUCCGUGCAGAUACGACCUGAAACCCCAGUACACAUCAAAAUCGAGCAGUCAUUCCUCGAGUACCCCGUACGCGACGAUGGUGACGCGUUUGUGCGCGAAUUCGGCAAGAUCCUGUCCUUCCGGAAUGAUACACGUGCCCUGGCCGCCAAGGUUCUGUUUGAGCUAAAUAAGAAGUUCGAGCUAUCGAUAAAUCCGACAAAGGCCAUCAAUCCGGGUGCCUUCUACGGCGCCCACCUGCGACUUGAAGAUGAUGCUACCUGGGCAUGGUCUCCAGAUGAGUGGCGAUUCUCGCGGAUGAAAGACCAGUUCGAGGAACAAUUUCGAAAUGUGGCACGUGCGAAUCUUAACGUGGUGUACGCUGCGUCGGGGAACCAGACUGUGGUGGAAUUGUUUGCUGAGGGCCUUCGCAAGUAUCUCGCAGCCAACUUGGGUGAGGAGGAGAGGAACGUGACGGUGGUCACUAAGCACGACUUGCUGCAAGGGUCAGACCGGCAGAAACUUGACAGUCUUACAUUUGAUCAGCAUGCCUUGGUGGACUUUUUAGUUCUGUUCAAAGCGAGCGCAUUUAUGGGAGUUGCGCACUCCAGUUUUCCGUGGAACAUUGCACUACGGAGACAUGAGCUCAGCAGAUACGCGAAGUACGGUAACGAAGGAUCGGAUUUACUAAGGGACGAAUAUAGCGUCAUCAUGGGAAUGGAAGCAGAUUACCCACACGUCGAUCCGUUUGUCUACGGGCUAUGGCCGUAG